GAUCCUUCAAGCUCGCCCGGCGACUCCUCUCCUCCGCCCGUUCCCUCUCCGAUCGCCUUCUCUCUCUACCGCUCCUCCUCCUCCGUCUCGCCGGCGUCGCCAGCGCCGGCCGGCCAUGGGUUGCGGUGGCUCCAAGGAGGCCGUGGCCACCGGCAACACCACCGCCAGCGGCGCCGACGGCAAGCUCCUCCGAAGGAAGUCCUCCGUCUCCACGGGCCAAAACCACACCUCAUCCUCCACGUCGUCCUCCGCCAACAACGCCGUCGCCGUCAAGGACGUCGUGAAGGAGCCGGCCGCCGGCGAGGCCAAGGCGGGCGUCGUCGAGGCGGCUUCCGACGAGAAGCCCGCGGCCACGGCUGUCGACGAGAAGAAAGAGAAUGACGGCUUCGUGAAGGAGCGGGCCGCCGGCGAGGCAAAGGCGGACGUUGUGGUGGUGUCCGUCGAGAAGCCCGCCGCCACUGCCGUCGCCGGGGAGAAGAAAGAGGACGAUGAUGCGGCGGCCGUGAAGAAGGAUGUUGCCGACGACGUCGCUGUCCCGGCGGCUGCUGUUUCGACGGCGCCCGAGGCAUCCGCUGCGCCGGCACCUGAAGCGCAGCAAGCCGAGAAAGUGGAGGAGGAGCAGCUGCCGGAGUCCACCAUGGCCGAGGAGGCGCCGGUGGAGGAGGCAGAUAAGGCGGCCGAGGAGGAGAAGGCAGAGAAGAAACCCGAGGAGGAGGAGAAGGCGACGUCUCCUGCUCCGACCAAGGAGGAUGGGGAGUCAUCAGCCGGGAAGCAGAACACCACGGAGCCCGUGGAGGCCAAACCGGUCGACGAGCCCAAGGCGGAGGGGGCGGCGGCGCCCGUCGUCCCAGCUGAGUCGUCGGCGGCGGAGAAGAAGAUCAACGCCAGCGACGAACAAACCGCUACCGCCGUCGCUGCCACCACCACCGCAAGCGAACCGCCGGCCAACUAAUUGAUUAGGAGGAGGCGAAGAGACGACGUGCAGCGACCAGCGAGUGCAUCAUCGAUCCAAGCAAACUAAACGACAUGUUGUUCUUGUUGUUGGAUUUCGGUUUGUGAUGCGUUGGUUGUACUACGUGUAAUCAAUAUAUAUAUGCUCGAUCGAUCAAUCCA